CAUUGCAAGCGAUAAACCUCCCAGCCCUAACCCUAAUCCCCAUAUCUGGCCUCCAUUUCUCUCCAAAAUUCUCGUUUAGUGACUCCUUUGUUGUUCAAUCGUUAGAGAGUAUGAUGGAAAUCGGAGCCAAGGUUGGCUUUUUUGUUUCUCUGAAAAUCUCAUUCUGAUUUAUAGGAUUCUGAUUCGAUUCCAGGGCUGAGGGGACUCUUGAGAGCGAAUUCGAUCCAUGGAGGCCUUGUUGGCGCUUAAUCCUUCUCCAUGUUACUGCCAAUUUGGUGAUUUCGCCUCCAAAUCUUCACUUGGACUAAAAUCCCAAAUUUCAACCACUUGGUCCAAGGGUUGUGGUUUGGUUUCGGUGGACCAGAAGCUGAGGAGGAAUCCGGUUUUGGUAAACUCGAGAAGGAGUUUGCGCGUCAGGGCAUCAUCUUCUUCCUCUCCGAUAGCUCCGCUGCAGUUGGAGUCGCCAAUUGGGCAGUUCUUGUCCCAGAUUUUGAUAAGCCAUCCCCAUCUGCUCUCGGCUGCCGUGGAUCAGCAGCUUGAGCAGCUGCGGACAGCCCGUGAAGCUGAGAAGAACAGGGAUGAAUCCUCUAGCUCUGGCACUGACCUAGUUUUAUACAGGAGGAUUGCUGAGGUGAAGGCUAAAGAAAGGAGAAGGACUUUGGAGGAGAUACUCUAUGCUUUGGUUGUUCAGAAGUUUGUGGAAGCUAAUGUUUUCUUGAUUCCACCAUUAGUCCAAUCAUCUGACUCUUUUGGAAAAGUUGAUGAUUGGCCCUCUGAGGAGAAGAAAUUUGAGUGUCUCCAUUCCUUUGAGGUUUUAGAGAUGAUCAAAAACUAUAUGACCCAGAUUCUGGGUCCGGGGUGGGACGACUCUAAUAUGAUUGUGGCCAUAAACAAACUCCAAAUUGGGCGAGUCUAUGCAGCAUCGAUCAUGUUUGGUUAUUUUCUCAAGAGAGUUGAUCAGAGGUUCCAGCUUGAGAAGUCUAUGAAGGCACUCCCUUGGGGAUCGGACGAGGAGUCUGCUUUCAAACAAUCCAUGCCCAGUAAAUCAAGUCCAUCUGCUCAAUCUGGGAUUUUUCACCCAGAGUUAUCUUCAUGGUCAUCUACUAGCUUCAGUCCCAACAGUCAAAGCUUUGGCAACAAACCCUCUCGGUUGUGGACCUAUGUCAUGACAUUUGAUAUGGAAACUACACGUAGGUAUGCCACAAUAAGGUCAAAGGAGACGUUCAACAUCAUAGAGAAGCAAACUGAAGCCUUGUUUGGCAAGUCGGAGAUUCUUAUGACACCUCCAGGAAGUGUUAAUUCCUCCCAGGAUGAACUUGUUAAGAUGAGCUUUGGAGGUUUGAAAAGGCUUAUUUUAGAGGCCAUAACCUUUGGUUCAUUCUUAUGGGAUGUGGAAAGCUACGUAGACUCAAGGUACCAUUUUGUGAAUAAAUAAAAUAAUUGGUCUUGUUGUCAAAUCCAACAGUUACAAUUGUCCAUAUGAUCAGUGUGGUCGCCUCAACAAGUUUGUUAACUGCUGUAAAUGUUAUAGGUGAUGGUAAAUUUCAAAUGCUCUGAUGUUUUUCUGUGUUUCUA